GGCGAGUAGCCUACUGUGCCUGUAUUGCUUUGCUUGGAACCUGCGCUACAGCCACCGCGAUGCAGUUUGAUUGGUCACUAAUCAUAGCGUUGUUGCUGCUCGCUUUCGCCACAGUCAUCCAGGCGGAGGACGUGCUGGUGACUGUGCAGCAGGGCACUCUGAGAGGGACCACGGCCACGAGCCUCUACAACACCUCCUACACGGCCUUCCUGGGCAUCCCGUAUGCUCAGCCUCCAAUUGGAGAGCUGCGGUUCCAGGCUCCUCAACCACCACGUAACUGGGAAGGCAUCCGUGAUGCCACGGAGUACGGUAGCGACUGCGUGCAGAACACGGGCACCGGUUCGGAGGACUGCCUCUACCUGAACGUGUUCGUGCCUGGAGUUCCAGAGGAGGGCGCCGGGCUGCCCGUCGUGUUCUGGGUGCACGGCGGGGGCUUCUUUACCGGCAGCGGCUCAGACGACGAACACGGCCCAGACUUUCUCGUUUCCUAUGGCGUCAUACUGGUCACCAUCAACUAUCGCCUAGGACCGAUAGGUUUUGUGAGUACGGGAGACGCUGUCGCACCUGGCAACGCAGGACUCAAGGACCAGCAGCUGGCGCUGACCUGGGUCCAGAACAACAUUGCCAACUUCGGCGGCGACCCUCAGCAAGUGACUCUCCAAGGACAGAGUGCUGGAGGCGUGUCCGUCUCACUCCACUACGUGUCGCCCACGUCCGCAGGUCUGUUCUCACGACUCAUCAUAGAGAGCGGCAACUUCAUCGCCCGACCUCCACUGCCGGCGGCAGUGGCGCGGCAGCAUGCAUUCCGCCUGGGCGCCGUCCUCGGCUUUGACACGGACGACUCGCAGCAGCUCAUCACCUUCCUGCGGUCCGUGAACGCUACAGACCUACUGGUAGACAAUUCACUCAUCCUGACAGAGGAGCAAAGUCGCAUCAUAUCUCAGCUGUGGGCUCCGAACAUAGAGUCAGAUUUGGAGGGCGCCUUCAUUCCGGAGUCUCCAAUCCAGGCUCUGAUCGAAGGGCGAUUCAGCCUGAUGCCUGUCAUGACAGGGACUACUUCUGCAGAGAUCGGAUUUUCAAUACUAGAAGACCCAACUCUUAUUGCUGGUCUCAGUGAUGUGUUCGAGGAUACAGUUGGCCCCUGCCUUCAUUUGCCGACGGUGGAACAACAGUCAAAUGCGGCCGAUAAGUUGAGAGACUUCUACUUCGGCAAUGGCACCAUUUCCUUGAAUGAUUCGGAUAAUCUGGUCAACUUUAACAACGAUAUUGGAACCUUCGAGCCCACUGAUUCGUUGAUAAGAAAAUUGAGCAGUAUCUCCAACGUGACUAUUUAUUAUUACACCUUCGACUACGCAGGAGUGAACGUGCCUACUUCACCGUGGGGCGUCAUACAUGGCGGAGAACUGCCGUCUCUCUUUGUGCGGAAGGAUACUGAGUAUAAUUUGGAUCCCGAGUCCGAGGAGGACCGAGUACGCAGAAACGUGUUACGUCUCUGGACCAACUUUGCAAAAUACGGAAAUCCCACUCCAGAGGCGGAUCCUGUGGUGUGGGAGCCGUACGACCUGAGCAGCCGCAGCUACCUGCUGAUGCAGGCUAACUUCUCGCUCGCACACGACAGGCUUGGCGAGCGCAUGGACUUCUGGAACGAGAACGUACCACUGUUGCCGUACCCUGGCACCUACUAGUGAGAAACGUUUUCAACAGCACUGGCUCACACGACGCUGCACAAAAUACAGAACAAGUUGUAUAAUAUUAUGCGUGGUUCGCCACAACCAAGAUUUGUGCAUUACCUGGUAUAUUUUAUAAUAAACUCAGUUCUUUUAUUCAGUCUCUUGACAAAUAGAAGUAGCAAAUGGUACGUUGAAAUCCGCUGGUAGUGGCUUAAUAUUAAUUAAUUCCACGCAUCACUGCAAAUGAAUAUUUGGAAGUUAAUGCUCUUGUUGUAAACCCAUUCAUGUGUACCUUUUAUCCUCCAUCAAACACUGCUCUAUGGAAAAUACGUACUUGCCCUUAGACAAAUAUACAGACGAAGAUGUAUGUAACUCUGAGAGUUCUUAGUGGUUCUUCUUCGAUUAAACUGAUUUUAACAAAAUAAAAAUGUUUGUGGAGUUGUAAUACGUAAAAAAAAAUGUAGAAGUAUGUAC